AGCUCUGCGAGCCCGGUCAUGGCGGUGGCGCAGCCCGAGGACCUGCAGCAGGACUUCAACCAGGCCAAGAGGAGACACGCGGAGCUGUGCAGGCAGAAACGCAUCUUCAACGCCAGGAACAGGAUCAUCGGGGGAGACACCGCAGCCUGGGAUGCUCAGGUCCGUGACCAGAAGAUAAGAGACGCGACCGAAAGAGCCAGACACGAGGCCUUUGCUGCUGAGAUGAGACAAAAUGACAAAACCAUGAGCGUACUGGAGGCCCGGGCGAGGAGCGACAGGAGAGCCCGCUGCAGGGCCGUCCAGGCCUUCCAGCAGGCCUUCCAGCGGCCAGAGACGCGCCGCGAGUUUGACCUGUCCGACCCCCUCGCCCUUAAGAAAGAUCUUCCAGCCCGGCAGUCAGAUAACGACGUCCGGAAUACAGUCUCGGGGAUGCAGAAGUUCAUGGGAGAGGAUUUGAACUUCCCCGAGCGGAAGAGACUCCAGGAGGAGCAGAACAGAGAGUGGUCCUUGCAGCAGCAGAGGGAACGGGAGGCCGCCCGGGCGGGCCAGCAGCGUGCAGGUACCACGCGGCCGCGCGCGGACCCCAGCUUCCCGCGGCAGGCCGCACCCCUCGGCUCUGGUUUUGCCCCGAGUCCAUCCUGGGCCUUAACUUGUCCCAGUGGGGAACGAGACGCUGCAGAGUCAGCAGAAAGGAGAAUCCAGGAGAAAAAACAAGAACAGGAGGACAACAUGGCAGAGCUCGCCAACCUGCUGCACGGGGACCUGCUGUCCGAAAACCCGCAGCAGGCGGCCAGCGCCCGGGGGCCCCAGCGCGUGGUUCCCGACCGCUGGAAGGGCAUGAGCCAGGAGCAGCUGGACCAGAUCCGCCUGGCGCAGAAGCAGCAAGUCCAGGAGAAGCUGCUGCGGCUCGGAUCCGAGUGUCCAGAGGGGUCUGGACGCUUCAGCCGCGGGCGUUACCGACUGCUUCUUUUGUUUGUUCUCAGGAAGCUGUCGAUGAAGGAAGCCUUUACGAAUUACCACACUGAGGAUUACUUCUCGCAGUUUAACACGGGAAGCCGGUAGCGAGC